AUGGUUACCAUUUUCAAAUUUGAAUGGAAGCUGAAUGAAAUUGACAAUUUAGUAGUGUUUUCUGAUUUAUUUCAAAUUUGUAGCUUAUUUAAUGAAAUAUAGAUGCAAAUAUGCUGUUAAGUUGAGGAUUUUACAGUUUAAUGCAUCAGAAAUUUAUUUAUUAAGUUAAAAAAGACAGAAUUUUACUUAAACAUAUCAGCUGAGAUGACUUCAACUACUAGAAACAGGAGUAAGAAAGCAUUAAAUUUAUCUGAAAUUUCUGAAAAUAACCAGAGUAAUCUGCUUGCUCACGAUGCAAAUACGUAUGGAAAUCACAUUAUGAGAUCUACUAAAACUUACAAUUCAACUAACGUCAAAAAUCUAGAAUCAAACAAUUGUAAUAAGUUUCAGUCUAGGAAGAAAUAUAUAACAAGACAACAAUCUAGAUUGAAUAAUGUGGAAAAUGAGGAAAUUAUUUCUAAUGACAAGAAGACAGCAGUUUAUGGUAAACACAAAAAUUACCAUCAUUCAAAAAAUAAUGAGAGUAUUACAAAAGGAGAAACUAAAUUUGAAAAUGAGGAGGAUUGGAAGGACACAAUUAAUCAAGAUGAUUCUUUUCUUAUUUCUGCCAAAGACAAGAAUCUUUUGAGCAGUUCCAAAAGCUGGAAAGUUCCAAACUGUGAUUUUCGUAGUGGAGUUAAUAAAAAAGUCACAGGAGCUGGAAUUUUUGAUUGCAGCAUUCAACUUUUUAUGGAAGAAAAAAGCUAUUGUUUUGGGAAUGAUAAAAGUAAAGACUAUUCAGAUGAAAGUGGUAUUUGGUUAGAAAAAAUGAGUUCGUUUGAGGAGUGUGAUUCUCUGGAGAUGAAAGAUUCCUGCCAGCAAUUGAGAGAGAAACUCUAUUCUCUUAUUGAAAGAUUAAAGAUCCAUUGUCAUCAUAAUGAAAAAUAUUCAAUAUUAAUAGAAAUAAUAUAUUGUUGUACAGAAAAAUUAUUUAGUUCUGUUUCUGAAGAAAUUGUCCCUGAAAUUAUAUCUACAAUAAGAGAAAUGGAUCUAGAUUCUAAUUUAUCAUUAUAUGUUGCGAGCCUUCUGUACAUUAUAGCAAAAGAAACGGCGAUUCCUAAUAAUACUAGCUUUUUGAAUAUAAUAAUAGAAUUAAUACAAGGAGAGAAAUUAUCUUCAUUUGAGAAACUGCAGAGUUUUAAUAAAGAUGCAGAUGGCAUGAUCAGAAUUCAACAUCUAUUUGUAGAAGAAAAUUAUAAUGUCUUUGAUCAUUAUUUGGCUUGUGACUUUGCAUUAGAAAGUCUCUUAAAAUUUGUUGCCAAAGCUCAAGAUGAUUGGUAUAAAAAGAAAUUUCGGCAUCUUGGUGGUCUGGAUAUUGUCGUUGAUAUAGUUAACUCUCAGUGCAAAAAUUUAUGGAAUGAAGAUGUUUCAUCAAGUAUUCAGAUAUAUAAUACAAAUAAAUUAGGAAAAUGCUUAAAUAUUCUGCAGAAUGCAAUUUUUAAAAAUCCCGAUAAUCAGACUCAUAUAUUGAAUUACAAAAAUGCCGUUCUCUUACAAAAUAUAGUCAGGAUCUUGCAGUUUUGCCGCAGGAAACUCUCUCGACAGAAUUUCAAGAAAGUACCUGCAAAAGUAUAUCUAUCCUGUCUCUCCGCCAUACUGAAAUUAUUAGUUAAUAUUACUCACAAAAACGUUCUUAGCAGCAUGGCUAUUGGAGAUUAUGGCGAAGUGAUGGAUAUCUUGCUAUAUUACAUUAUCUCUCUUCCUUUGCUCAGGAAAGAAUUCGACAUUAUGUUACUGCUUUUAGGAUUUCUCACUAACUUAAUUAUAUGCAGCAAAGAGAAUUUAUACAGAUUUAUCGAUGCAGUUGUGAUGAUUCCGGUAAACAGUUUUCAAGAUGAAGUUAGUGCACUGGAAGCUUUAACUGAGCUUUUUCAAACGACGUAUAAAGAAUCUCAAAGAAUAGAAGCAAUCACCGAGAGGCUUUUGUACAAGUGCGCAAUUCAGAGUCCGGGUCACGAUAAGAGUUUAGAUGAUAACGCUUCCAGAGUUUUCCAUUCUGCCGACCAUCACAUGGAACACACCAUGAUAUGUGCUCAUAUUGCUCUGAUUUUAGGAUAUGCCAUUGAAGCCAAUUCACAUAAUAUUUUGACAAUAAAAAAGAAAUUAUCAUCAGGAGACUUUGUAGAGAUGACUAAUGUCUUAAAGGAAUUCCAUGAUUUCGUUCGUCUCACUAAUCUCUUGGAGGAUAAUGAUUUACAAAAUAUUCAAAGAAUUGUGGAUGUUUUAUCUGCUUUAUGAAAAAUCUCUUUGAAAACAAUAUAAAGCUUUAUUUGUUUUGGAUUUUUUGUACGCAUGUCUCCUUUACUUUUUCAAAUAAAAUAAAUAUUAUCAAGACAUUUACAUUUUGUGUUAAGU